CGCCGCCACCCGACCGCCAUGAACAACCCCAGUCAGCCCAUUCUACGGUGGCACUUCCGCCAGCUUUUAGCCGCUACCGUGGGACUGCCCUUCAUAGCGGCCGUGGUCUGCGUCUUGACCACCAUCGUCCGAUAUCCGAACGCCACUUAUACGCACUGUGAGGUGUCCAAUUUCGCCCCCAGUAUCUCGGCCGCCAUCGGGACCUUCAAGCCGCAGCGAUAUAUUUGGCAGGCGUGCAUCUCUCUCCAUUGUGCUCCCCGAUUUCUUUUCGCCUUCCUCCACGCCCACCACUUCCAUCAACGGCUACCGCACUCGCCGUUGAACGCGUUUCUGGUCCAACUCGUCUUGGUUGUACACGUCGUGGAGAAUCUCGGCCUGUUGACCUUGACCAUCGUAAGUUCGCACGAGAAUUUUCCCAUCCAUAAGACGGCCUUUGGUACGUUCAUCUUCUGCUCGCUCAUUUACAUGACGGUGAGUGUGUACUUGUGCUGUCGGGGCGGUUACUCGGCUCAAAACAAUUACGAGCGGUAUGCCGUGGUUCUAAAGAAGCGCUUCCUCAAGAUCACCUUGUUCAGUGUGAUGCUCAUGCUGUACUUUUACUGGCGUCACAACGAGUACUGCGAACCAUAUGUGUACAGCUUCUUCUGUAUCUGUGAAUACGUGAUUGUGCUUUCCAACAUGGCCUUUCAUGGCACGGCUUAUUACGAUUUCUACGCCUCCGAUUGUCUGGUCACUCGAUCCACCUUCGACUACCGACCACUAUCAAGUGUGGACACCUCGAUUUGAAGACAUAGACAAUAUGGAAGCGCUCAAGGCCACGUUGGCCAAGUUAGAGCAAAAAGACAUUGACAACGGGGACUUUGAGCGCAAAUCUCAGGUUCGUCAAUUCUACCGAGCCUUAUAUGGCUUGAAACUGACCCCAGAAUCCGUCUCGGAACCACUCCAAUCAGAGCUAACAGACCCACCUCCUUCGCCAAAACGACCCCGGUUGAACGAGAGUGUCAAUCUUGGUGGUAAAGCCAAUGCUUCCGAGGAAUGUUUGAUUCAGGCACUGCGGUCGAAUGGUUGGCAAAAACGUGAUUUUCAAGUGUUCUUUGAGACCUGUUCCCCAGAUCGAGUCCGACCUGUUCUGGAGAAGGCGGGCUUGACUCUGGGCGUGGUGGAAAUGUGCUCGUUAUGUCAGGCUCUGGUGAGCGACCCACUGCAGAACAACGAGCAAUUCGCGCUCAUUUGUGAGACUCUGAUCGUCCCGAAUCUAAUGCAAGAGGAUGUGAUCAUUCGUGAAGUGGCUCAAUCUGUGAUAUCCU